GUAGGCACCGUAGCACGGAUCGUUGUUUGUUAGCAUCGUAGCCAGUCAGUAGUUAUUAAAGUUUAACACUAGAAUCUUAAAGACGGUGGUUUUAUUUGGUUUUAUGAUCAUCAAAGAGCUUUAUACCGUCACUUUAUCUGCUCUUUAACCGGAGAUUUCAGCCAACUAGUUCCAGCUACCUGUUAGCAUCCGCUAGUUAGCUCCAGCUACCUGUUGGCAUCAGCUAGUUAGCUCCAGCUACCUGUUGGCAUCAGCUAGUUAGCUCCAGCUACCUGUUAGCAUCCGCUAGUUAGCUCCAGCUACCUGUUAGCAUCAUGAGUCUCCCUCUGUGGAUAUCUGUUCUGUCUUUAACUGGAUUUGUGGUGAAAUCAAACGGGUCAAAGAUCAUCAGAGUAUCUGAAGGAAGUGACGCCAUCUUACCGUGUUCCAUCAAGGAGAGUGUUGUACAAAAACUCUUUGACUGGAGGAAAGAUGGAGAGAAGAAGAAGGAGGUGUUCAUGUACGAUGCUGGUCUUCAUUAUAACAACGGUCUCCCAGGUCAAGAUGAUCAGUUCAGAGGACGAGUCUCACAUUUUCCAGAUCAGCUGAAGUUUGGUAACGCCUCCAUCAGGAUUAAUAACACAAAGAUCACAGACUCUGGAGGCUACACCUGUCACUUUCCCCAUAUUAAUGGACUGACAUUCUACAUGAAGCUGGUUGUUGAUCCUGUCUUCAAAGAUCGAUCAGGAGAAAUCUCUGGUGCAGUUCCCAAACCUUCUGUCAUGAUACUAGAUGUGACAGAUUCUGGGGUCCGGCUGAAGUGUGAGGUUCAAGGAGCUUUUCCAAAGCCAGAGCUACGGUGGAAGGACAGUGAUGGAAACAUCCUUGAUGCUGAGGAGGCUGAGAUCUCAGAGAGAGACGGCCGCUACCACGUCACCCUCCAAACUACUGUGACCUCCACCACAACCACCAGCUUCCAGUGUGUGGUCCAACAGAAGGACCUGAACCAUGAGACUGCUUCUACCAUCACUGUGUCUGAGAAACUGUUUGUGAACUCUUCUGGAAAAGUGUGCAUUGAAUGGCUCCUGAUUGGAAUAGGGUUGGGAGUUUUACCUACUGCAGUUCUAGCUUUACUUCUGGCUUUUAAGUUCAUCAGGAUCAUUCGGAUCAGAGGAACUAAGAAGAACAAAGAAGAUGAACCUGAACCAAUGAUGCCACUCAGCUCUGAUGAUAUUACUGUAUAACACAACUCAACAUUACAACCAUCAGCCCAGUCACCAUCACUUAUUACCUCAUUCCCUCAGAUCAAUAAAAAGCUUGAAUAAUGUAUCAACCAACGAGGCCUUAAAACAUCAGCAGAAAAUCAAAGGCAGCUCAGGAAACAAAUCCUAGUUGGUGCUUUAACGGUUCAAUGGAUCCAAAGAGAAGAUGUGUUAUUGUAGCUUAGUGUGAAUGAAGGAGAAGAUGUGUUAUUGUAGAUUAGUGUGAAUGAAGGAGAAGAUGUGUUGUCUAAACCCACUGCAAACUCCAUUUCACCACUUCUUGUUCUUUGUAUUUUGGUUUGUUAGGGAAGCUAUGCUGGACUUUAUUUAUUUAUUCAUAUUCACAUGCUGGCGUGUGUCUUUGUAUUUUGUAUAUUGUCUGUUGUUCAUAUUUCAUAUUUUAUUCCUGUUGUAUAUGUUCAUAUGCUUGUACACAAAUAUUGAGGGUAUGUUGAGAAUUUAUAAUGAUGUGUAUAAAUGGAAAAUGAAUCUUUGCUGAUCCCUGUGCCAGAUGUUUAUAAUAUUUAAUAAAAUCCCAAAAAUCUUUAAUUUUUAA